CCGGAUACUGUAGGUGGGAGGGCCAAAGUGAGGACCGGGGGCGGGUUCCGAGUCUCUAAACCUACCAUGAGCUCGGAGACUGGAGCGUGGGGUCACGGGCUUUAGGGUCCCCGAACUGGGGGGCCCUGGCCUACCCGCUGUGCGUCCCCACCACAAGCUGGAUACCAUGGAGUCCAACCUGCAGGGGCCGUUCCUGCUCAACAACACGCCACUGGCUCAGUUCUCGGAGGUCAAGGCCCCCGUGUGCCAGUACUCGGUGCAGAAUUCCUUCUACAAGCUCAGUCCGCCAGCGUUGGGCCCCCACCUGCCCGCCGGGACCCCCCACGGGAUCACGGACAUCCUGAGCAGGCCCGUGGCCACACCCAACGGCAGCAGCCUCCUCUCCAGCUACCCCCACGUGGCAGGCUUCGGGGGCCUCGGCUCCCAGGGGGUCUACUACAGCCCCCAGGUGGGGAACUUCUCCAAGACUGUCGGCGGCGGUGGCGACUACCCCACCCGGACCCGGAACUGCUGGGCGGACACGGCCCAGGAGUGGCGCAGCGGGCGGCAAUGCGGCAGUGCCGCAGACCCCCUGAACGACGGCAUCCACAAGAAGAAGCACACACGACCCACCUUCACGGGCCACCAGAUCUUUGCCCUGGAGAAGACCUUUGAACAGACCAAGUACCUGGCUGGUCCAGAGCGAGCCCGGCUGGCGUACUCGCUGGGAAUGACCGAGUCACAGGUCAAGGUGUGGUUCCAGAACCGGAGGACCAAGUGGCGGAAGAAGAGCGCCCUGGAGCCGUCGUCCUCCACGCCCCGAGCCCCCGGCGGCGCGGGCGCAGGCGGGGACCGGGCGGCCUCGGAGAACGAGGACGACGAGUACAACAAGCCGCUGGACCCCGACUCGGACGACGAGAAGAUCCGCCUGCUGCUGCGCAAGCACCGCGCCGCCUUCUCCGUGCUCAGUCUGGGCGCGCACAGCGUCUGACGCCGCCCGCCCGGCCCGCCCUUCCCCAGGCGGCUCCGGAGCCCGGGGCAGAAGGAGGAGCAGUGCGGGGAGGGACUGGAAG